AACACCAAAAAUAAACAGAGAUAGCGAUAGUAAAUAAAAAUUGGGGUUAUUUGCAUUUGGAAAGAUAUUUUUUAAACGUACGUGCAGUUUGUUUUCAAAUGGUAGGCGACCUAUUUUUGGCACGUUAUCAUAAAUCCCACUUGGAAGAUGUUUACCUCAAAAGUUUGGGUCUGGACAUGGAGGACAGUGAACAAAGAGAAAGUUCCCUCAGUUCUUAAUAGAAGCUGUUCCGAUUUAUCCAUAGUGAAAACUCACCUGGAAGUUCCAACAUUUUGUGAUAUUCACGUCGACGUUCCAUGUAAAGUCCGAAUUAGACCAUUAAACGUUCACAAAUAUCAUAAUUUAAACGCUUUCUUGUUGCAAACUGACCAAAAGUACGAUAACGCUAUCGAACACUAUGUUGAUGGUAAUAAAGUAAUAGUUAAAGGCGAUAAAAACCUUCAUCCUAACACACUUUGCAGUAUAAAGGCUCCAGUGAAAGCCAAUAUAGAUGUUAAGGCAGGAAAUGAUGUAUCUAUUGGCUUUUUUCAUGGAGAUAAAGUAAAAAUUAAUACCGAAGGUAAUAUAUUUGUGGAUAGAUUUCAAGGAGAUGUGGUUGAUGUAUCAACAAAAGGAAAUAUAAUUUUAAAUAACAGCAUUCAAGCCAGUAGUAUUCUAGCUACAGCCUAUAAUGGUUCAAUAAGAACUGGACGUUUACAAGCUUUAAAUCUCAAGUUAAAAACAAUCAACAAAGGCGAUAUAUCUGUUGAUUCUUCUUACUGUUCAGAAAGCAUUUUCGUUGUAGAAAAUGGAAAUAUGAAUUUAAACAACAUUCACAAGAACUGCAAAAUAUUCCUGGUCAAAGGAAAUCUAGUUUUAACCGGUUUUGAUGGAGAACUCUCAGCAAUAAUCAACUCAGGCAGUGCAGACAUUCACCUUUCGCGAAUAAUAGCAAAUUCCGAUAUAACUCUCAAAGAUAACGGUAAACUUAACCUGAAAUUCACCGAUUCUUGCCAGGACUAUACAAAAUUCAAGGUAGUCUGUCCCAAUGUUACCCUAUCCGAGAACAUAAAGUCUGACAUAUCGAAAAUCGAAAAUGCUGUAGUUUUACAGCCUACAGAGGGUCAAUUUGAUGCAUCAGUGCUGAUAAAUUGUCAAAACGCAGCCCUGGAAAGUACCACUUGGCACGAAAUGGUCCAGAUGAAGUUGAAAAAUAAAUAAACUAGCGAAUUUUUCACGUGUGUAACAGGGAUGGGUAAAUAAAAAAUAGUUUUUUACGUUGUACGGAAACGUAAAAAACGUACCUUCACAGCUCUGGAAAGCUUCUCUACUAAACAAUAUAAUUGAUAGAUAUAAUAUUAAAAUUAAUUCAGGAUUAUAUGUUAAACAAGGAUGGACAGACAAAAAAAAAUAGUUUUUUGUAUGUAAAAAAACAGUUUUUUUCUACGUUUUAAGGAAACGUAAUAAAACUACCUUACAGCCCUGUAAAGCUUUCCUAUAAACUCUGUUAUUGUUAAUGAUCUUACUUUAAAAAUAAAUUUUAAUUUAUUACACUAAGUUUGAUCAUCUUUUUAUUGAUUUGUAUUUUUAUUUUGUGUAAAAAUUGAAACAUUACGCAGAAACAAUAGAAAUUACACGAAAAAGAAAAAUAAUGUUCUUUUUAUUAGGUUUUUUACGUUUUCGGAGUUUUUUACGUGUAUUUACGACAAAACGUAAUAAAAUAGACGCGUAAAGACCCAUCCCUGAUUUGAAGCUUUCUCAUUUUUCUCUGUUUUAAGGGUAGUUUAAUUUAUAUAAGAAAUCCAUUAAAAAUACUCUUCAUUUUCCUUAAGUAUUGAUUAAUAUUAUUAAAUAAAAAGACAAACAUUGUGAGACAAGGAAAGGGUCUCAAUAUGUCUGACACACUAUAAUUCAAGUUCUGAUACAUCUUUGCGGAUUUUUAAACUCUUUGUAUAAAAUUAAUUUUGAAAUAAACACAGAAAAGCAUAAUUAACUUACAAAAUUCAAAUAUUUUAAAAAAAGAUUGAGGUUGAACUGUCUGAAAAAGGCUACUAUGACGUCCUUUUCCUCUCUUUUCCUUAGUCUCUUUAUUUAAUGAUUAAUAUUUUAAAUAUUCCAUUUAAAUAAAAGACAAUUUUUUUGGGGUAGGUAUAUGUUUUUUUAGAAUUUAAAAAAAAUAAACAUUAAUAAUAAUGUA